CUCCAGUGUAUGGAGUCAGCAAGGCCUGGGUGCUGUCUGCCCCCACCCCCAGGAAAUAGGCUGGUAGCUUGUCCUUGCUGCCCACGGGAGUCGGGCCUCUCCUGGCAGGCCAAACACGCACACUUGCAAAGGCAAGCUGUCCUUCUGGUUUUAUGCAUGCUUACUGGGAAGUUCUGCCUAUAGUCUAACCUCAAGCCCUCUGGCUGCUUUACCUACCACCCCAGGCCAGUCUUGGCAGCCCUGGCAGCCCUCAGAGGGCCAGGGCCAGGUUGUAAUCGUUUCUGUUUUGUUUUUCCUAAUAUUGAUCGAGCCCUUCCAUGUGCCAGGCAAUAAGAACUUGACACGUAUUAAUUUAUUUAAUUUUUAUAGCAAUUUUAUGAGGCAAUGAGGUAGGUUCUGUUAUUAUUCCUACCUUGCAUCAGGAAAGUGAGGUACAGAGAGGCUAAGCAACUUGCCCAAGAUCACACAGCUAGUGCCAGGGAGAGGGGUUUGGGAGCCCUCGGGAUUUGAUAGAACCAGCCCUCUAUUGCUCCAGCAUCUAUUGCUCUUAACCCUGCCCCCAGCUGCCUCUGUGUUGGGGUCAGGGUUCCUGAACAACCUAGGCUGGCCUGAGUUAGGAGCCAGGAAGAGGAAAAGGAUGCACCCUGAGUGGUCUUCCCUUCUGGUUGAGAUUCUUCCAACACCCGUGAGAAAGGCUUCCAGCAGAGGGCAGGCUCAGAGAGGUGCUGGGAUCUGCCAAAGCCUCAGAGUCAGCCAGCAGCAGAGCGCCCCAGGGGCUCGACACCCGCAGUGCACACACACUGCCUCUGAAGCUGUGAUGGCGAGAAGGUGGUUCUGUUUACCUGGCCUGGAUCCUGCUCUUCGUGCUGUAUGAUUUCUGCAUCGUUUGCAUCACAACCUAUAUCAUCAAUGUGGGCCUGACAGUGCUCAGCUUCCAGGGGCUCCAGGGAUCCCAGGGCAAGGCCAAGAGGCACUGAGCCCCACCGCAAGCCAGGCUGACCUUUCUGCUCUGCUUUGGCCCAAGCACCUUGCCUGAGGGCCAUGUCUGGGUCCCUAGAAGGCCCUUCAACCCACCAUCCACUGGGCCUGGGAGAGAGGUGGGGAGGCUGAAAGGAAGGGUGAGAACUGGGAGGGCCUGCCCGCUGUUCCCUUCACAGGCGUUCCAGGAUGAGCUGGCUCAAGAUGUCAGGCUGUCAUCCAGGCAUUUUUACAUUGAACUGAGUUUUCCAGACAAGGCAUGGGCAUGCUAACUGUCCAAGGUUGCUCAGGUAGUAAGUGGGGAAAUCAGGAUUUGAACCCAGGCAGCAUGGCUCCAUGACUGAGGCCCACAGAGGGGUGAUGCCCAGCCCAGGAUUACCCACCUACAGCCCCAGGGUAAGGAGCUGUUGGCUCCUCUCCAGCUCAAGAAAGUAGACUCCUGACUCCCAGCCAGCUGGGGGCGGAGCAGGGGCGGAGCCGGGGAGACCCAGAUGGCCUGUCGGAGAACAGCAGGCGGCAGAGUAACCUGCAGCGUAACCUGCAGCAGCAUGGGGCCCAGCCGGGGCCUGGGGCUGCUCAUCCUGGGAGUGGUGGUCUUUGGAAGAGGUCUUCAAACAGCUCAGCAGGCCUGUGGGCAGCGUGGCCCUGGUCCCCCCAGGCCUCAGGAGGGUGACACGGUACCUGGCGAGUGGCCGUGGCUGACCAGCGUGAGGCAACAGGGGGUCCACAUCUGCAGUGGCUCUCUGGUGGCAGACACCUGGGUUCUUACAGCUGCCCACUGCUUUGAAAAGGCAGCAGCAACAGAACUGGAUUCCUGGUCAGUUGUCCUGGGUUCUCUGGAGCAUGAGGGACUGAGCCCAGGGGCCGAGGAGGUGGGGGUGACUGCCCUGCAGUUGCCCAGGGCCUACAACCACUACAGCCAGGGCUCAGACCUGGCCCUGCUGCAGCUCGCCCACCCCGUGGCCCACACACCCCUCUGCCUGCCCCAGCCUGUCCACCGCUUCCCCUUUGGGACCUCUUGCUGGGCCACUGGCUGGGAUCAGAGCACCGAUGGUAAGUGCUGUAGCAACCUAGAGCCCAGGGAGGACACUCCACUGGCCCAUGGUCGGUCACCCAAACUCAACUCCCAACCAUCCCAGCUCCCAGCCUCCCUCCCUCCACAGAGCCCAGCCCUAUCUCUUUUGCCAGGUCCCAAGACCCUACGGAAUCUGCGUCUGCGUCUAAUCAGCCGCCCCACGUGUAACUGUCUUUACAACCGGCUGCACCAGCGGCCACUGGCCAGCCCGGCCCGGCCUGGGAUGCUCUGUGGGGGUGCCCAACCCGGGGUGCAGGGGCCCUGCCAGGGAGAUUCCGGGGGCCCUGUGCUGUGCCAGGAGCCCAACGGGCACUGGGUCCAGACUGGGAUCAUCAGCUUUGCAUCAAGCUGCGCGCAGGAGGACAUGCCAGUGCUGCUGACAAACACUGCUGCCCACAGCACCUGGCUGCAGGCCCGUGCUCAGGGGGCAGCCUUCCUGGCCCAGAGCACAGAUGCCCCAGAGAUCAGUGAUGAGGACAGCUGCGUAGCCUGCGGGUCACUGAGGGGAGAAGGACCCCGGGCAGGAGCCCCCUCCCAGUGGCCCUGGGAUGCCAGGCUGAAGCACCAGGGCAAGCUGGUCUGUGGUGGAGCCCUGGUGUCAGAGGAAGUGGUGCUGACUGCUGCCCACUGCUUCAUUGGGCGCCAGACUCCAGAGGAAUGGAGCAUCGGGCUGGGGGCUGGACCAGAGGAGCGAGGCCUGAAGCAGCUCACCCUGCACGGGGCCUACACCCACCCGGAGGGGGGCAAUGACGUGGCCCUCCUGCUGCUGGCCCAGCCGGUGACACUGGGCCCCGACCUGCGGCCUCUCUGCCUACCCUAUGCCGACCACCACCUGCCUGAUGGGGAACACGGCUGGGUCCUGGGGCUGGCCCGCCAAGGAGCAGGCCUCAGCUUCCCCCAGACAGUGCCCGUGAUCCUCCUGGGGCCCAGGGCCUGCAACCAGCUGCACGCAGCCCCUGGGAACGAAGGCAUCCCCAUUCUGCCCGAGAUGGUGUGUAGUAGUGCCAUGGACGAGCCACCCCACUGUGAGGGCCUAUCUGGAGCACCACUGGUACAUGAGGUGAGGGGCACAUGGUUCCUGGCCGGGCUACACAGCUUUGGAGAUCCCUGCCGAGGCCCUUCUAGACCUGCAGUCUUCACAGCGCUCCCUGCCCAUGAGGCCUGGGUCAGCGGCUUGGACUGGCAGGUGUACUUCGCCAAGGAACCCGAGCCUGAACCCGAGCCUGAGGCUGAGGCUGGAAGCUGCCCGGCCAACAUGAGCAACAUUCCCGCUGCUGCUGACUUGGCCUCUCCCUGGUGUUGGAAUCUGGCUGGUGGGCCCGGCCCAGGAUCUCAGCAGGGCCCGGUCACAGGGCAGAGCAUGGAGACAAAGGCUGGGGGAGGGAGGUUCUCCAAGGACAGGGACACGACAAACACCCUCCUCUCCUCGCGCCUGGGGAAGGCAGCCAGACCUGGGUCCUCUUGGCAGGGAGAGGGGAGAGAAGAGAUGGGGACACCCAAACUACUCCUGAGUGAAUCAUGGAGAUCAACCCCCACCCCGCCAAUGGUCUGAUCUUUGGAGACUUGGAGUUCAGA